AUGGAGGCUGCCCCGGUAGAAUGCUGGGAAAAAAGAGUGGCCGAUAUAGACAGAAAUCCUGUUUGGCUCUGUUUCAGUACCUGUGUGAUGCCUUGGCAUAGGCGAGUGAGAUUCAAACCGUGCCUCUGUACAGAUGUGAGGGAACAUGGUACGAAGAUGAAGAAAGCCGAAUAUAAAGAGUCCAAGUUUGUUACACGUUUGACAUGGUCAAAGAAGUGUUUCAGUUUUGUUCGGUAUGGGCCCUCAACAGUGCUUAAGAAAACCCUUAUAAAGUGCCCCGACCCCCUUUUCGCCAAGAGCAGCCAAAGUGGGGGCUUAAUGGGUCUUACUGGCAUGGGAUUGUGA